CAAGACAUGUAGCUCAAAAGCAUGCCGGGUUGAGGUCCGUGUUGAACCAGUUCGGCCCGGGACUCCAGGAACUGGUUCUACCGCAAGCUAUUCGUUGUGAUACAUUUCACGGAGGUUUGCAUGAGAAAUUUUCAUCCAGAGUAGCAAUAUUGACGUUAUUAGCUGUGUACAUGCCACCGGGCCACAGGCACUCUUGGUAACCCUGCGAGCUGUCAACAGAUUCUUACGGUCGCCGUCUGUCGUUUAUUAACAACCCCAACUCGAAACCUACAUUCUGUUGCUAAUUUAUUGCGCGAAGUGGACCUUGUGGUUUUCACUGUUCACAAUAUCAUGCCAGUCCAGCCAGGGGAACAUGUUUCUACUCGACUCCCUGUAGAGCUUCAGCACCGUAUAUCACAGAACGGCACGCGUCCCAGACCAGCUGCAACUGCCAAACCACUCCCCCCCUCUCAACUCGAUACCAUUCCGCAAGCUGAAUCACAGACAAUCUGUGACGGCCCCUUUUCUACUGCUGCAAAGCUGAACCAAGUAUUUUCUCUUCCUCGACUGGGUACGAAUACCAACAAGUCGAGGAAUAUUAUUCCAGUGAUCCCCACUGCAUGCGAUCCCAUCGCUGUUGGCAGUCGCAGAAAACGAUUGGUUCGACAUCCCUCGCGACGUUUAUCGUCGAUGUCAAUUUUCGCUCAGACAUCCUCAUCGCAGCAUGCCACUAGUACGCUGCCUCGACCACCUUCGAUGUGCAUGACAGACAUAGCACCAAAGAGGCCCGCAAAUAAAUCAUCCAUUUCACUCGCAGUCUCUUUUGAAGACGAAACAGACGAUGAAAGCGAUGAUACGGCGGUACAUCAUCGGAAAAUAAGGCAACUGCAGAUGGCCAGGUUGGCUAAACUUACCCGUCACUUGGGCGAGGAAGUUCCGCCCGAGUUGGUUUUAUCCUCCACACUCCCAACAAAUAUAGCCGAUUCCAGGAGUAUAAGAGGAUGUCUGUCGAUAAAUUCAAGUAAUCACCACCAGAGAUGGUGGAGUUUGGACCCCACAGCACACUCCCAAUCAGCAUCAGCACUUCCAAGCUCGUGCAAGCUAAGGAAGAGUAGGUCACUACGUGAUAGAGAAGGCGUUUCGCGACUGCAAACUUACAGUAAGCAUGCCGUCAAUGUCGUUGACGGAAAGCUCCCAUAUGCUUUGCACUUUCCACAUGCAGAGGCAAAUUUCCCUGAACGUUCUCAACCCUCGGACUGUAUCGCGACUGUUCGAUGCGGACCCGAUGAUGUUGAUCAUUCGCUGAUGUUGACUCCGGAGGUUCCCUGUGGUUCUCAGACUUCCUUACAUUCCCCACCUGCUGCAUUGUUACUACUCACAUCGACACCUGAGCGAUCGCAAUUUUACGUGAACCCGGUCACGGCCGAGUUGGACCUUGACAACAUCUCGAAUAUGGGGCACAGAGAAGAAAAACCAGACAGGUUUCUUGGCGUUGGCAUCAAUCCCCAGUCAAUAUCUUUAACAAAUCCAUCACUAUACGAGAUCCGUCACUCCCUAGAACACAUUCCCUCAUACCCUGAAGUCAACGUGCAAAUCAACAAAAGGAUCAGUUUCUGGCGGAAGAAAUUCGGGAAGGGUAUGGUGCAGAGCAUUAAUCCUGACGAGGUUGCGAAGCAGCUGAGGGAGAUGAAAGCUUCUACGUGACAAACUGAACAUUUAAUGUAAAGCUCUUAAAGUUAAUAGUUUGUGCUUUCUAGUCUACAAUACUUGCCUACGGGUAGCUUAUAUAAUAUCACUUCAUGAUAAGACCCAC